UGGAAAAUUUCUGCGCCAAACGUACCGUUUCAACCGGGAUACGCGAAUGUAGCCCAAGCGUACCAAGAUGAACUUCCGCAAAACUACUUCCGGGAAAAUUUGUAAAUAAAGAAGAUUGCAAAACAGUUUCGUCAUGAACGAUAUCUGUACUGUGGCAUUUGAUACAGACACAUCUUUAAAAGUAGCAUAUCUGCUGAAAUAGUACUCGCCUAUACAAUAGUGAAACGCUGAGAGCCAAGAAGACGUGUGGCUUUUAUUACUAAGUUACUGUAGUCAGGGACAGUAUAUUAUACGUAGUAUACGUACAGUAAAAUUCAGUUGUCUAUAAUCAUGUAUCGACGCUUUUUAGACGGCUUAAACUAUUUCAUAUUUGGGGACACUGCAUCGAAUAAUAACAGAAGGGAGUCGGGGAACGAACUCGGAGACAACUCGCGGUUUGAGGCCGAGAGAAGUGACGAGCACACAAAACUGAUAUCAGAUGAGAUCAAAGCGAAAUGGGAGAAUGAACAGCGAAGGCUGAAGACAAAUGUAAUUGACUUAGAUGCAGAUGUUGUGAAGGAGAUGAGACAAGCCAUACAACAGGGCCAGGAGGGCACACGACAAUUUUACCUUGGAGGUGUGGACAUCUCAUUUGUAAAGGGGGAUGAUGUCAAUGCCUGCGCUGCUUUAGUAGUGGUCAGCUUUCCCAGUCUAGAGGUUGUUUAUGAAGAUUAUGAUAUGAUCAAAUUGACAGCUCCUUAUGUGUCUGGGUUUCUUGCCUUUAGGGAGGUGGAUUUUAUUGUGUCUUUGUACCGAAAAGUCCAGCAGAAUGAUCCAAAAUAUACACCAGAUGCUAUUCUAGUGGAUGGUAAUGGGCUUCUUCAUCAUCGUCAAUUUGGGCUGGCUUGUCAUCUUGGUGUCAUCCUAGACAUCCCUUGUAUUGGUGUGGCCAAAAAGUUGUGCCAGGUCGAUGGUCUGGAGAAGGAUGAAGUACACAUAGCUAAGAUCAAAUCGCUUAAAAAGGGAGGCGAUACGUUUCCUCUGAUUGGUGACUCCGGGAGAUGUCUUGGAAUGACCCUGAGGAGUCACAACACCAGUAUCAAUCCUAUCUACGUCUCCAUUGGACAUCGUAUCUCACUGGGCUCAGCAACAUGGCUCGUCCACCAUUGCUGUAAAUAUAGAGUGCCUGAACCUGUCCGAUUGGCAGAUGUAAAUUCUAGAGAAUAUCUGAGGAACAACUUCAAGCCAGACAAACUUUUAGAUCCAACUGAUGAUUGAAGAUAUCAGCCUACAUAAUAGCUUUUCAAACUUCUUAUCAAAUAAUUUCCAUAUAGAAAUGCGUUUGAAACAGGAGGCACAGAUGGCCUUUAUCGCUCACCUGGAAAUGUUAGUAAAAUUGAAGUUGGAAUAGCUAGAUGUUGCUGGUAGUGUACAUGUAUUACA